AUGGCGACGACGGGUGAGAAGGGCAUAGGCCCUCGCGACAUCGAUUCGCCGACGAUGAAAGAGGACAUCGGACCCGCAUCCCCCGUCUCCUGCUCCCGCGAAGAAGAAAGAGCUCUGCUAUGGAAGCAAGACAAGCGCAUCAUCCCAAUAUGCGCCGGCAUUUACUUCCUCUGCUUCCUCGACCGCUCCAACAUCGGCAACGCCAAGAUCCUCAACUCCUCCUCGGGCCACGACAUGCAAUCCGAGACACACAUGUCCAACAGGGACUUCACCAUCGCGCUGAUGAUCUUCCUCAUCGCCUACGCCCUCUUCGAGGUCCCAUCCAACAUGCUGCUCAAGAAGCUGCGCCCCUCCCGCUGGCUGGCGUUCCUCAUGUUCUCCUGGGGCGCCGUCACCAUCGGCCUCGGCGGCGUCAAGACCGGCGCCGCCGUCACGGGCGUGCGCUUCUUGCUGGGCGUCUUCGAGGCCGGCCUGUUCCCGGGCCUGGUCUACUACCUCACGUUCUGGUACAAGCACGACGAGCGCAGCGUGCGGGUCGCCAUGAUUCUGGCCAGCGCGACACUGGCGGGUGCCUUUGGCGGCGCGAUCGCGUACGGCAUCGGGCACAUGAACCAGGUCAACGGCAUGUCGGGCUGGCGGUGGCUCUUCAUCCUGGAAGGCAUCCCGUCGUGUCUGUCGGCGUUCUUCGUGUGGUUCUUCCUGCCAGACUACCCUGAGAGCGCAGGCUGGCUCUCCGAACGCGAGAAGGACCUGGCGAUUGAGCGGUUGUACCAUGAAGGCAGCAAGAGCAGCCACAGUACCAUGUCGUGGGAGGAUGCGAAGGCGACGCUGACGGAUUGGCGCCUCUAUGGGCAUUACGUGGUCUACUUCGCCAUCUCGAUCCCGUUCUCGUCGCUGUCGCUGUUCACGCCGUCAAUCACCUCGGGGUUGGGAUUCGUGGAUCUGCAGGCGCAAUUGAUGACGGUCCCGCCGUAUGCCGCAGCUUAUGUUGUCCAGAUCCUCGUCGCAUACUCCGCGGACCACUUCAACGCCCGCGGCGUGCACUCCGCAGCCCUUGCGCUGAUCGGCGCGAUCGGCUUCGUCGUCUCCGCCGUCCUCCCCCCGGACGCAUACCACGCGCGCUACGGAUGCCUCAUCGUCGGCGCCUCGGGGGCUUUUGCAUGCAUCCCGCCGCUCCUGGGCUGGCUCACGUCCAACAUCUUCAGCACGGCGUCGACGGGGCUCGCGAUCGCGCUCAACGUCAGCUUCGGGGCGGGGCUCGGGCAGAUCCCGGGCGUGUGGGUGUACAAGGCGGAGGAGAAGGCGAUGGGGUACCCGACCGGACACUGGUCCAACGCGGCGCUGCUGUUUGUCGUCGUCGUCGGGUGUGCGGCGCUGCGAGUGUACUAUGGACUGGCGAACAGGAAGCUGGCGAGAGAGGCGGAGAGGAAUGGGACUCAGCCCAGGUUGUUCAAGUACUGA